CCUCCUGCAGUGCACGUGGAGCCCGGCACGUGCGAGGUCAUCGCAGCUCACCGGUGCUGCAAUAAGAACAAGAUCGAGGAGCGGUCCCAGACGGUGAAGUGCUCCUGCUUCCCAGGGCAGGUGGCAGGGACCACGCGGGCAGCUCCCUCCUGCGUGGAUGCCUCCAUCGUGCUGCAGAAGUGGUGGUGCCAGAUGGAGCCGUGCCUCGAUGGGGAGGAGUGCAAGGUGCUGCCCGACCUCUCGGGCUGGAGCUGCAGCAGCGGCAACAAAGUGAAGACAACCAAG